AAUGCCUGGCAACCCUGGCCCAACAACGCCGAGUUGAAGCAUGUUUUCCUGAUUUUUACCGGGUAAAAUGUAUUUAAUUAUAUAAUUCAGCGGCCUUUGCAGCGAUGGAUCCCAUUGAUGCCACCAAGCGUAAGCCCAGACGCACCCACGGCACACCAUCCUAUACGUACCGCAAUCGAUUCGCCUAUGCCCUGUUGGUCGCCGGAACGGCCGUGUUCGCAAUUUGGAGUCUGACCCCCAUACAACGUAUUGCCAACGAGAAGCUGUGCCAGGCGGUGGCCCAAACGGAACAGGAGCGCGAUAGAAAGGCACUCUUUGAUUUCGCGGCCCCGAGGACUUCGAAAUUCAUUAAAGAGGCGAUCGAGGAGAGCGAGGAGCAAAGGAUUAAAUAAUGGAUCGCAAGACGCGGCGGGCUAACUUCAAAAACCUGCAGCCCCGGUAAUUUUAAUUCAAGUUUACCUGUUGAACAAUAAAAUGAUUGUAGCUAUCUAAUCAAA